AUGCUGCGCGAGAGACAGGUGCAAGGACUCACGGCCCUUUUGCAGGGUGACUCUUUUGAGUGGUCUGCCUUGGUGCUGGACAAGGAGGGGCAGGACAUAAUAUCCCCUUUAUUUGUUAUGUCUGACUUGAUGGAAAUGGGAAUAGUGCAGUGCUUGAAAAUGGAAGAUAAGCGUGUGGAACUUCCUGGAAUACGCGUGGUAUACUUUGUAGAAGCAACAGAGCAGAACACAGGCAGCAUACUGCAGGAUAUAGAGGAUGACUUAUAUGAAAGAAUAGAAAUAAUCUUUACUGGAAUAAUAAGCACCUCCCUUUUAAAGGACUUCUCCUUGAAGGUGGCUGCACUAAAACAAGCAAACAGGAUAACCCGAAUAACUGAUGCAAUUACAACUAUUUCCCUGUUGCACGAGGACAUCUACUCAUUGAAUAUGGACAAGUCCUAUGUAAGAACGACUAGAAUAUCGCAGGAGAUAUUGAAGGACCAAGCUGUGGUAGAAAGGACAAUGGAAGAGCAUAACCAGGCCCUUGCAAAGGAAAAGAAGCCUAGCGCAGAUGACUCAGCAGAGAAUGACUCACUCUACUACGAACAUAUUGUUAUGGGGCUCUGUUCUGUCUUUAAAGACACAGAAAUUCCUGCAAUAUACUACAAUGACCCAGUUGCCCAGAGAGUCUCAACAGAGCUAGUGGAUAAGCUGUCUGAUAUCUCAGAGGUUCACCAGAGGCAAACAACCAGCAAGACAAAGAGAAGAAAAAAGCCACUUCUUAUAGUUCUAUCCAGAGAUGAAGAUCUAGUUGGUCCAAUGUACCACACAAAUCUGUAUGGGUCAGUUCUUAACGAAGUAUUUGAAUUUUCCAUGAAUAAGCUUGUGAUUUCAGAUCCUAUAAACAAGCAGGACUUAAUAGACAACGCAUCAUACAAUCUGAACAAGCAUGACAGCUUCUAUAAUAAAAACAUAAAUGAACCAUUUCUCUCUGUCCUGGAUAUAGUAAAUGGCGAGCUGCAGAACUACAAAGACUCUUCGCACACUGCAUCGAUAAAUAUGAGCUCAGAUAAUGAUAAGAUGAUAAGGUCCUUGGUAAAGCUGCCAGGCCUCCUAAAUAACAACAAGCUGCUGUAUAACCAUAUGAACAUUGUACUGAAUGCAAUAAAGGUAAUACAAAAGAAGCACUUGGACGAGCUAUUCCUAAUAGAAGAAGGAAAUGCAUUGGACCUGCCAGAAAUAGAAGAGAUAAUAGAUAAGAUUGACAGGAAUGAUGUGAUACGAUUGAAUAUAGUUGUUUUUAGCAAAUUCAGCAGGCAGUUUAACGAAGUGUCAAAGUUGUCAGAGAAGCACCUUAAAAACGAUAAAAUAGUAAACUAUGUGAAGAACCGCACCGUGCAGCAGAGCACAAAAGGGAAAAUACUUCAUAAUUUAAAGAAAAUGAUUGGAGUGCAGAAGGAUGGAAUUAUCAGAAGGGUGCAUGAAGUGUUUUCUAGGCAGACAGAGGAGUACUCUUCUGUUAAUGUAUUUAUCAUAGGAGGAGGCACGUAUGAUGAAUAUAAAUCUGUAUUAGACUUUGGACGGGCAAAUAAGAUAGAUGUGACAUACGGGAGCACAGAAAUACUCUCUGCAUAUGAGCUAAUGGCUCAGAUUGAGGAGAUUGAAUAA